AAGUAGCUUAGGUAACACGACGAUUUGAGAUGACGGAGGAGAACGUUGAGGAUCCGUGUGAAUGGGAAGAACCUUCCAGUUCGAGUCAGCUAGCAGAAGGAUGUCGUUUACCUGUACGUAUGAAGAAUACGGAUGAUUGGCCUCUUGCAGAAAUUCUGAGUAUUAAGGAAGGCACCAGCAAUUCAGAAGCUUCAUAUUAUGUACACUACAUUGAUUAUAAUAAACGAUUGGAUGAAUGGGUAACUCCCGAUCGACUUGAUUUGAGAAAAGUACAGCAACCAAAGGCAGAAGUGAAAACUCCAGUUAAAGAUGGAAAAAAUGGUUCUCGGCCUUCUUCACCCGAACGUGAACUGGUUAAUGGCAUUGCUCCUCCAAAGAAAACCACUGGGUCAAGAAAAAGGAAGUUUCCUACUACUGAUGAGGAUUCUCAAGAUUCUUCAUUUGGAACUCGGCCAACUUGCACAGUACCAGUACACCAUGAAGAACAUGUGACUGGAAUGAAGAACAUGCGUGUCAAAAUAUCUACAAAAGAUUCUCAAGAUUCUAUGUUGGCACCUCGCACAACUGGCAGCUUAGUAGCACAUCAUGAUGACCUUCUGACUCGAAUGAAGAACAUUGAUAUGAUUGAACUAGGACGUUACAGGAUUAAACCCUGGUACUUCUCACCAUACCCUCAGGAGCUAGUCAGCCUUUCGUGUAUCUAUCUUUGUGAAUAUUGUUUGAAGUAUGUAAAAUCAAUAAAAUGUCUUCAGCGACAUUUAACCAAAUGCAAUUUAAGACAUCCACCAGGAAAUGAAAUAUAUAGGAAAGACCAGUUUUCUUUUUUUGAAAUUGAUGGAAGAAAAAACAAGGUUUAUGCCCAGAACUUGUGUUUACUGGCCAAAUGUUUCCUGGAUCAUAAAACUCUUUAUUAUGAUACUGAUCCAUUCCUGUUUUACAUAAUGACUGAAGGAGAUAACAGGGGUUUCCACAUAGUGGGAUACUUUUCUAAGGAGAAGGAAUCUUCUGAAGAUUAUAAUGUUGCUUGUAUUUUAACUCUACCACCAUAUCAAAGAAGAGGCUAUGGGAAACUUUUAAUUCAGUUUAGUUAUGAACUGUCUAAGUUUGAAGGAAAAGCUGGUUCUCCUGAAAAACCUCUAUCUGAUCUCGGGUUGCUGUCCUAUAGAAGUUAUUGGUCAGAAACUAUUUUAGAAAUUCUUUUGAAUUUGAAGCCCAAUGAGGCAGGAGAAAAACCACAAAUAACUAUCAAUGAAAUUUCCGAACUGACCAGUAUCAAGAAAGAAGAUGUGAUCUCAACACUACAGUACCUGAACCUUAUUAACUACUACAAGGGCCAGUACAUCAUUACUCUUACAAGGGAUGUUAUUGAAGCUUUUGAAAGAGCUGCAUUAAAACGACCAUUACGCAUUGAUCCAAAGUGUUUACACUGGACACCUAAAGAUUGGUCAAAAAGGGGGAAAUGGUGACAUUAACUAUGUAAAAAUAGAUCUCUUAAAUUUCUGUUGCUUGUGUCUUUAUUUGUUUGGUCAAACUGUAUAUUAGUCCUGUUAAUAAAUAAAUUUUAAUUUUAUUAUCUUGUACUGAUAUAAGAUAAAAAAUUUCAGGUAGGUAAUUUUCGUUACUUAAACAACUUUGGUCAGUUCUGAAAGGAAAUAUUUUAUAUAAUAGACUGACACCAUAUGAUGUUUAUUUUUUCUCAGACAAACAUCAAUUUAGCUCUGACUAUUAAUAAUUAUAGAAAUAAAUCUUUUAUCAAUCACCCGUUUUACUUGUGUUGUAACAUACAAGUAAAUUAGAUGGAAACAAUGUUUACUUUUCUUGCGUUAAUUGUGAAAGUUCAGCACUUGCACAGUUCAGGUGGGCCAUGUUCAGUACUUCAUUAUAAGCUGUGAUUUGUUAUACUUUGAUUUGUUCACUUCUACAAAUGUAAAUAAACCUAUUUGCGUGAUCA